AUGUUCGCCAAUGUUCACCCCCGCCAGACGUUGACGGUGAUGCCAAGGAAAUUCCUUGGCAUAAUCCCCUCAAUGAUCUUGAUGUCGACGACCUCUUUCGAUCUGCGCGGCUUCCCAACCUCCAACGUGACAUGUCCUUCAUAUGCUCACUACGGAGCGCAACACUCGAUGACGGGGUUGGUUUGAAAGGAGAGGAUCUCCAAUGCUUGCAGAAUCCACCUAGGUUCCCAUGUCAGAUAGACAACCCGUGCGAAGAACUUGCAAUAUCAUUAUUCUUAGCCCUCCAACACUCGUCUGAAGUCGCAUAUGACAAUAUUCGAAACACUGUUCAAAAGCGCUACCCUGACUCAGAGGUUCCUAGUCUAUACCGAGUGAAGAAGCUUAUUCAUGAGCUUACGGGUAUCUCCUCCAUUGUCGACCACCGAUGCAUCAACUCUUGUGUAGCUUUUGUCGGCCCUUAUGCAGGUCUAGAAACGUGUCCCACGUGUGGUGAACUGCGUUAUGACCAGAAAAAACUGGCACGCAGCCAUGGACGCAAGAAAGUCCCUUGUGCUGUUUUUCAAACUAUUCCAAUCGGGCCCCAGCUUCAGGUGUUGUGGUGCGAACGAGGCAGUGCGCAACAUAUGAGCUAUAGAAACGAGAGGACGCAGCAAAUU